CCGCUAUUCCCUCCCCAUUCAAGGUGCGGCUGAGGAACAGGUGCGUGAGGAAUCACCGAGGCGCAUUAUAAAUUCUACUAUCACCGCUUUGUGCAAGUUUAUUCUCAGAGAUCCGAGGAAAACAGAUAAGAACAGAGGAGUUUUAACCGACACAGCUUAAAAACUUAGAGUUCAAAGCUUGAGAGAAAGAGGGAGUUUGGGAUUUGAAGCCUCACAGCAGGUGGACGUCGUCUUUUGUUGGUUCGAGUCUUUUGAAAGAAGAGGAAAAAGAAAAUGGCCAACUCGGGUCUUCAGAUUUUGGGAUUCGCCCUGGCUCUUCUGGGUGUAAUUGGACUGAUAAUUGGCACAAUUUUGCCCCAGUGGAAAAUGUCUGCGUACGUCGGGGACAACAUCAUCACAGCGGUGGCAAUGUACGAAGGACUGUGGAUGUCCUGUGCGUUUCAGAGCACAGGCCAAAUCCAGUGCAAGGUCUACGACUCUAUCCUGCAGCUCAACAGUGCCCUCCAGGCAACCCGCGCCCUCAUGAUCGUUAGCAUUAUUGUAACCGUGGCCGGACUGGGUGUAGCCGUCAUGGGAAUGAAGUGCACCAACUGCGGAGGAGAUGACAAAACGCGCAAAUCCCGCAUUGCCAUGACCGGAGGCAUCAUCAUCCUGAUCGGAGCUUUGUGUUCAAUCGUUGCCUGCUCUUGGUACGCUCACGACAUCAUCACAGCUUUCUACAACCCUUUCACCCCCGUCAAUACCAAGUACGAGUUCGGUUCCGCCAUCUUCAUUGCCUGGGCUGGUGCAUUCUUGGCUGUAGUUGGAGGUGCCAUGCUGGCCGCAUCCUGCCCAAGAGGGAAACCAUCAUCAUCACCCAAGUAUCCCAUCUCCAGACCCCCCAGCAGCAAGGAAUACGUUUGAACAGGACAAGACUCACUGCAUUUAAAGGCUGAAGGAACACUUGGACAUUCAAGCUAGUUCAACUCAGAGAUUGAAACGGUGAAAAGAUGUAUCCCAGGAGGUGAUCAGUACCUGUUUUUAUGUUAGAUUUUAGUUUAUUCAGGACUACCCUGCGAUGUUACUGUAAUAUUAUUUUAACAAAUGCAUUAAAGUUUUAAAUAAUGGCUGUUUACUUGUUUAGAGUUUAUUGGCCACACCCUUUCUGGAACUACAGUCAGUGCUUAUUGAUUUGUAUACUAUGUAGUAUACUACUCACUUAGUUGACACCUGUAAAGCACUAAGGCCAACCACCUAUGACAUACAACUAACUGUGUGGAAGACAGUUUCUGCAUGCUACAGUGUGUUUGAUAAAACAGUUGGAA